CCGCGCCCGGCGCGCCCCACCUCCUCCAGUCAGGCGGCCAAUCCUGGGCUGCUCCCGCCCAGUGCGCAGGGCUGGUAACGACGCCUGAAGGCUACCGGAAGAGCUUGAGCUUUGUGACCACGGGCAGGUCCUAAAACAUCCAACUCCCCCCAUGGAAGGGAAAUCCAAUCUGGAGCCACUGGAGGAAGAGACCAAGAUGAAUGCAGAGCCUGAGAGGAAGUUUGGCGUUGUGGUUGUUGGUGUUGGCAGAGCUGGCUCCGUGCGGAUGAGGGACUUGCGGAAUCCACAUGCUUCCUCAGCAUUCCUGAACCUGAUUGGCUUCGUGUCCAGACGAGAGCUCAAGUGCAUUGAUGAAGUUCAGCAGAUUUCUUUGGAAGAUGCUCUUUCCAGACCAGAGGUUGAGGUUGCUUAUAUCUGUAGUGAAAGCACCAGCCAUGAGGACUACAUCAGGCAGUUCCUUAAUGCGGGCAAGCACAUCCUUGUUGAAUAUCCUAUGACACUGUCUCGGGCAGCAGCUCAGGACCUGUGGGAGCUGGCUGAGCAGAAAGGGAAAGUAUUGCAUGAGGAACAUGUUGAACUCUUAAUGGAAGAGUUUGCAUUCCUGCAAAAAGAAGUGGUGGGAAAAGAACUGCUGAAAGGAUCUCUUCUCUUCACAGCUGGCCCAUUGGAAGAAGAGCGGUUUGGCUUCCCUGCAUUCAGUGGUAUUUCUCGACUGACCUGGUUGGUUUCUCUCUUUGGAGAGCUUUCUCUUGUGUCUGCCACUUUGGAAGAGCGAAAGGAAGAUCAGUAUAUGAAAAUGACUGUGUGCUUGGAGACAGAGAACAAACGCCCGUUGACAUGGAUUGAAGAGAAAGGGCCUGGUCUAAAACGAAACAGACAUUUAAGCUUCCAUUUUAAAUCUGGGUCCCUGGAGAAUAUGCCAAACGUAGGAGUCAAUAAGAAUAUUUUCCUGAAAGACCAAAAUAUAUUUGUCCAGAAACUCUUGGGCCAGUUCUCUGAAAAGGAACUGGCUGCUGAAAAGAAACGCAUCCUGCACUGCCUGUGGCUUGCUGAAGAAAUUCAGAAAUACUGCUGCUAAAAGAAAAGAAGAAAGCAACAGGGUACUUCCAGGAUGGAACCAUAGUUUGAUUUUUAUCAAGAGUUGACCUUUAUCUCUAUUCAUGCAAUUAAACAUGUCUUCAGUAAACAGGAUUUGCUUAUUGUCA